GGUAAUUACCUGUGGAAUGAUAGGAUAUCCCUAAGACCGGAUUCUUACGAGGCAUGCACAAUCUAUAUAAAGCGACGUAUUCGUCGCCAUCUAUUUUGUAGAGAUCAAGCCUUCAAUUACCUCACGGAACGAUCAACUUGCUUCGAAGUGAACAUUACCCAACUGAAACUUUCAGGAAAUCUACUCACAAGCACAGAGGUGAUUGACAACAACCCAACAGCCAUAAUGAAACCAACUCAGAUCAUUUCUGCGAUAACAUUCUCGACGCUCGCAGCGUCCGUCUCCGCACUAGCAGUUUUUAAAGUUAACUACGAAGACGGCAGCGUGAGCUCUGGAUACCCGACGACAGGCUCCCACCGAGUCUUAGUUCCUGGCAACGAACCAAACCUCGCCACGGCUAAGGACGCUGUCUACGUAGUGGCCGGUGGCGCCCACAACACUGCUUUCGCCGUCGCGAACAAGGUGGUUUUGGAUGACCCGGCAUAUGUUGGCGGCGGUUACCCUCGCAGCGAAUUCGGAUUCGCCGGCUUCCCGGGAGCCAUCUACAAGGACGGCGACCAUGGCGAAUACAGCUUCAGCAUGCUGUUCAAGGAUCUUGUGCCUUCCGUGAAGGGAACACGCGAUGCGCCUGCAGAGGACGUGGUCUGGCAGUUCAAACAUCACGGCGGCGGACACGAUCUUCAUCUCGCACUCAUAGGUACGAAUCUCGUGCUCGGCUGGGGCGGGAAUGUCUAUAAGCAAGUGAUCAUUGACGAUGUCAUGCCGUAUGUGAACCAAUGGAUGGAUUUUCGCUUCGACAUACUCUGGAAGAGCGACAACACAGGCUACUUCACUUUCGACAUGAAACUGCCUAGAGAACGCAAGUUGGGGCACAGGUUGGGGCACAGGUUGGGGCACACCGUUGCGAUGAAGAAUCUUCAAACUUAUGUGACCGCGAGUCCCGAUGGCACGCCGUGGACAGGCACCGGCUCGAUCCAGUAUGGCGUGUAUCGCCAUUCGGCCAAUUCUACGGCUGGCGACACGAAGACGCUCAUCGUCUACCACGAUGAAGUCACAGCGACCAACUUCAACGCCACGGCAGACCCUUCCAACUAGGGCAUGCAUGGCUGCAAGGGACCAAGGUGCUCUCGAAGCAAAGCUCGCACUUCGCUCACUACGGCCAGCUAAAGAUUUACCUAGGUGAAGUGGCAGCGAUUCGAGAUUCUUUAGGUCACUGCUUGGAGCAUCGCGUCCUUGGAAGCUGGCGACUCGGUUGCAUGGAAGCACUGGCGAAUGCAUGGCAGGCAUGUAGCAGUGGUGUACGGUCGCACGUUAGCUAGAG